AUGGCCGCGAUAACAAGAUUUGCCUUCUUUUACAAGCUCUUUGCUUUGCUUCUGCUGCUCCUCCUCCUGACUUCUGUGACGCAGGCCGUCGGCAGCGAUGAUGAGGGCGGCAGCGGAGGAGGGAGUGAUGAUGAAGUUGAGAUCACAACUAAGAGUAACCAGAGGAUAAAAGACGAGCAAACGGAAGCGCAACACACAAUCGUUGCGAGUCUUAAAGACCAUUUCAUCAAGAAGCCUGGCUCUAGCGUUUCGAGAGAUUCGAGCGGGUCGUCUUCGCUUGACGAGACUACUGUUAACCCUGAAAUCUUCGAAUUAAAUCGUUCGUUCAGGAGCAGCAGUCUAGGAGACGAUUCAGGCAGCUUGUCAGACUCAACAUUUGGCUUUCAAUCAGAGCCUGUCAGUGACGGCGAAGAGGAAUUGGAAACGCCGCCACACAGGCACUCAGGCUCGCGAAAAUCUUCAUCGCCGUCGUCGUUGAAAAAGGUCUUCAGACUCGGAAAAAGCAAGCUCUUCAAAGGCGGCGGGAGUGGUUCUAGCAACUGA